UAAUCAGCAGCAGCAAUGAGAGUGAGUGAGCGAGGAGACGACGAAGACGGCUCGUCAAGAGUUUACGCACUGAGUAUGUGCUGGCGGCGGAUAACGGCGGACGGACCUAAAACAAAAGUCGCAGCUCAGCGCGACGCAGCAGAAGACAGAGAAGAAGCAGAACUCGAAGCGAAGCUUAAAUGAACUGCAUAAAUAAACGAAAUCAAAACAAAAGAAAAACAGUGAACAAAUCAAAUAUAACAAAAACAACGAGAACGAGAAUAAGAAAAAGAAAACAAUAUAAAGAGAAAGGACAAUAACAAAAUUUGCUGCUAUAGUGAUAAAGAUAAAUAAAUAAAAUAUUCAAUAAGUAUUCCCUUUAAUUGGGAAACUUCAAUUUGAGCAAAGAUGACGGACAUUGUGGAGCUGAUGAACCGAAUGUCGAGCACAUUUAACAGCGACUGCGCCACAAGCACCGCCGAGGGCGGAAUGCUGCUCAACUCGGAUUUGGCCGAGGAUAAGACGCUCAAAUGGCGCAAUUUGGCCAACAAUCAGUUUGCCUGCAAGGAUAAGGAUAAAAAGCAAGCAGGCAACGUCGAGAAGCAACAGGAGUUGCCGACAGCAGAGGCAGCGACUGAGGCAGAGGCAGCAGCAGCGACAGAAAAUGAAGAGCAAAAGCUGCCCGAUGCUGCGAAUGUCAAAAUGGAGACGGAAGCAACAGUCGCUGCAGCUGAAGCAGAUAAACAGCAGUCGCCGUCGCAGUUGGAAUUGCAGUCGCCGUCGCAGUCGCAGUCGCUGCCUCAAGGCCAGAGUCACAGCCAAAGCCAAAGUCAGUGCAGCGAUGGCGCCAAUGCAGCCAGUGCAGAAAUAACACAAAUUGCAGCAGCAGCAGAGGCAGCAGCAGAUGAGUCGACAGCAGCAGCAGCCGCCGAAGCAGAUGCAAAUGCAGAAACAGAAACAUCGACAGCAACAGACGGAACAAAGCUAGCAGAAGCAGCAGCGUCGACCGCAGCAACACCAGCAGCAGCAGAGACAACGACGACGCCUAACGAAGCGACCGCAGCGGCAGCAGUCGACAAUGGCGUUGACGAUGACGAUGAGGUUGCCGAGCACGCUGCCGAAGUAAAAGGCGAUGGCGAUGGCGUCGCUGGCAGUGAUGACAACGCUGCUGUCACAACAAAAGCAGCGAACGUUAUCGAAGAAGAAGAAGAAGCAGAAGCAGCAAUAACAACAACAACAACAGCAGUCAAACUGGAGCAGGAAGCGUUUAAAAGUGCAGCAGCAACAACAACAGCAACGACAAUCGCUGCGGUGGAGCAGACAACAACAAGUGUAGCAGCUGCUACAGUUACAACAACUACAACAACAACAAAUAUUGUUACAACAAACACAACAUCCGAAGGUAUAAAGACUGAAAAUGAGAUGGAAACCGCAAAUGCGAAACCCAAAGAGGAGCUUUUGGAUGAGCAGCAGCAACAACAACAGCAGCAGCAGCAAGAACAACAACAACAGCAGCCGUCCAAGGAGCAAACGUUGACUGCGCAGCCCGAACCAAGCGCAGACGCUGCAACAGUCGCUGCAGUCGUAACAGCCGAGGUCACUGCGUCGUCUCCAGUCACGACAUCAUCAUCGGCAUCCCCAACGUUGAGUUUGGCUGCCGUCGCUCCACUUGUUGUCAACGCUGCCGACGUCGCUGACGGCGCCGCUGACGCAACAGAUUCAACAGCGAUGAAUGCCGCUGGCAGCAGCAGCAGCGACGUCGCAGCAGCAGCACCAACGACAGCAGAAGCAGCAACGUUGGCUGCUGAUAAAAACGAACAAAUUGCUGCUGGCAGCACGCGUCGCUUGCGUCGCACUCCGCGUCCCACAGAUGAGCAGCAGCUGGAGGAGGCGCCACAACAGAGGGAGGAAUGCAACGAAGCCUUGUCCAACAAUGUUAAAAAGGAGGAGGUGGAGAAGUCACCUGCAGCUAACGAGGAACAAAUGGCAGCAGCAACAACAUUAACAACAGCAACAUCUACAGCAACAACAUCUACAGCAACAACAACAACAACAACAUCAGCGGCAGCAUUAAAUGUGCCGCCAGCGCCAAAACGUGGACGUGGACGUGCCAAAAAGAUUAAACCCGAAGUGGAGGCCACAGACUUGGCACAAGCGUCGUCAGAGUUGCCAGCUGUUGAGGAGACAACUGUGGAGCGUAAAGUUGGACGCAAGCGUAAGCUGCCCGAGGAGGACCAACAACAACAACAUCAGCAGCAGCAGCAGCAGUUGACAGAGAUGUCUUCGGUGGUGGUCAAGACGGAGCAGGAGGAAGAUGCUUCAACAUCCUCUGCCGCCGCUGCCGCAGCGCCAAUGCGACGCAGUGUGCGUCUAGGGAAUCGUCACGAUCAUGCCACACAUGCCUCCUGGAGCAGCGAGGAGGUCAAGACGGAACCAAUGGCGAGUCAAGAGCUGACGCCGACUAUGGACACGCUGCCAGGCAUCUCUGGUGCGUCCGGUGUGUCAGGAGUUGCGGGUGUGCUGGACGAGAAGACGCCGCCAAAGAAACGUGGACGCAAGGCAAAGAUUCCGGCUGUCACAAGAGCCGCUUCGCCAGCUUUAGGUGCCACAACGACAACAACAACAGCAACAGCAAUAUCAACAACAAGUGGCAGCAACAACAGCGGAGUUGGGGCAUCAUCAUCAUCAUUAUCGAAUGGCAACAAACGUGCCGCAUCCAUGUCAGUGACAACCACAUCAACAACAUCCAGCAACGAUGUGCAGUUGCCAAAGCGCUCGAAGCGCCGGAUUAAGCCCACGCCAAAGAUCCUGGAGAACGAUGCAUUGCGCAGCGAAUUCGAGACCAAGUUCAUCGAACGCAUCUCGCACUGGGAGGCUGCCGGCGGGGAGGGGGCGGAUACCGUACACUUUGAGACGCCGCUGCAGUUUGGCAGCGCUGCAGGUUCAAAUUCCUCAACAUCGCGUCAAAAGAGCGACAAAUCCGAUGGCGGAACAAGUGGAGCGGGCGCGGGUGCGGGAGCGGGGGCAGGGGAUCAUCCGGCGGGAACGAGUGCAAUUAAGAAGCGUCUAUUCUCAAAAUCACAGCGUGACAUUGACAAUUCGGGUGCUGCAUUGUUGGCGAAGAGUCUGCUGCCACCAUGUCCCGAUCUCGAGCAGUUCAUCAGUGACAUUAAGGCGGCCAAAUUGAAUGCGAACCGGUCGCCGGAGGAGCGUAAAUUGAACAAGAAGCAACAACGCAAGUUGGCCAAACAGAAGGAGAAGCAUCUCAAACAUUUGGGAUUGAGGCGCAACAACAGCGAGGAGGCAAGCGACAACGAUAGCUCCAACACGGACAACGAGGAGUUUGUGCCCACGACACGUGUCCAGGUUGGCAAACCCAGUGUGACGCUGCGUCUGCGCAAUGCCACAAAGGAUACAGCAACAGCAGCAGCAACAACAACAGCAACAGUAACAACAACAGGCAGGACAACAACAAACGCAGCUGCUGUUGCACUGCCUCCUCCGAUUCCAGCUCCUACACCAACUCCCAGUGGCAAGCUCAGCCGUCGCAUUGGGGUUCGCAACAAUGCAAGUGGAGCGGGAGCAACAGGAGCAGGAGCAAGUGGAUCCGCAACUACCACAUUGGAUCACGCCCAGUUGCAGGCCUUGAACAGCGCCAUUCUCUCUGCUGCCCAUGAUGCUAGCGAUGCCAUUGCCAGCACUUCAGCUGCUGCCGCCGCCGCCGCCGUUGCCGUUAAGUUCAUCUGUCUGUGCCAGAAGAGUUCACCGUACUAUGCGCCAAAUGCACCAGAUGCCUCCUACUGCUGUGCCAUCGACAACAUCGAUGAGCAGAAGAUUGGCUGCUGCAAUGAACUCUCCGCCGGCGUUCACAAUCUAUUGCGUCCCAGCCAAAGGGUCGGAUACAUGAUCCUCUGCGAUGAGCACAAGAAACGCUUGCAAUCCCACAACUGCUGUGCCGGCUGUGGCAUCUUCUGCACCCAAGGCAAGUUUGUGCUGUGCAAGCAACAGCAUUUUUUUCAUCCGGAUUGCGCACAACGCUUCAUUUUGAACAGUCCCUACGAUGCACAACAACAACAACAACAUUCGUCCGGCAGCAGCAACAACAUAAACAACAACUAUGCCAGCCCCCUGCUCGUCCUCAAGUGUCCGCACUGUGGCUUGGACACGCCGGAGCGCACCUCAACCGUCACCAUGAAGUGCCAAACGUUGCCGGUCUUUCUGCCCGCUCAGAAGACAAAGAUCAAACCUGCCAAGCUGACAACCUCAUCCCAUCUGACGCAAUUUGGAACUGCCUCAGGCAGCAAUAAACCACCAGGCAGCACCAGCUCAACCGCCAAAGGAGCAAGUGGUGGGACGCGGGGCAAGGCGGCUGCUGCUGCAACCGCAGCUGGCAAAUCGAAUGGCACACGUGGCAGCAACGGCAAAGUCUCCACAACAACAACAACCAGCUCGGGACUUGCCCUCAACAUCAUCAACUUUGAGCAAUUGAUUCCCGAGUCCGUCAUGAAUGUGGUGCAACGUGGUCGCAUGGUCUCAUCCAGCGGACGUGUCACCACCGAAUUCAACACUCGCGACAUGUACUACGCCGUCCAGAACGAUGAUCUGGAACGAGUUGCCGAGAUUCUAGCUGCCGACUACAAUGUGCUGACGAGAAUGCGUGAAUUCCUUAAUGGUACCUGCCUGCAUCUGGUUGCCCACUCGGGCACCCUACAGAUGGCCUAUUUGUUGCUCUGCAAGGGCGCCAGCUCGGAGGACUUUGUCAAUAUCGUGGACAGUGAAUUGCGCACUGCAUUAAUGUGCGCCGUAACGAAUGAUAAAUGCGAUAUGCUCAAUCUGUUCCUGCAAUGUGGUGCCGAUGUUGCCAUCAAAGGUCCCGAUGGCAUGACCAGUCUACAUAUUGCAGCUAAGCUGGGCAACUUGGAUGCGGCCCAACUCAUUGUGGACAGUUAUCGCGCCUCUCGCAACAUUUCCAACUUUCUGAGCUUCAUUGACGCCCAGGACGAGGGAGGGUGGACAGCUAUGGUCUGGGCAGCUGAGCUGGGACACACGGAUAUUGUCAGCUUGUUGAUCAAUCACGGUGCAGAUGCGAACAUCUGUGACAACGACAACAACACGGUGUUGCAUUGGUCGACGUUGCACAACGAUGGGUUGGAGACCAUAACGGUGCUGUUGCAAGCUGGCGCUGAUUGCAACGUGCAGAAUGUGGAAGGCGACACGCCGCUUCACAUUGCUUGUCGUCACUCGGUGACACGGAUGUGCAUCGCUUUGAUUGCGAAUGGCGCCGAUUUGAUGAUCAAGAAUAAGGCGGAGCAGUUGCCCUUCGAUUGCAUACCCAACGAGGAGUCGGAAUGCGGACGCACUGUUGGAUUCAAUAUGCAAAUGCGCAGCUUUCGUCCAUUGGGAUUGCGGACACGUGUCGUUUGUGCGGAUGCGUCGAAUGGACGGGAAUUGCGUCCCAUUCAAGCGGUGCGCAAUGAGCUGACCAUGUCGGAGCAUGAGGAUGAAGCGGAUGCAUUAAUGUGGCCGGACUUCAAAUACAUUACCAAUUGCAUUAUACUACAGAAUCCGGUGCAAAUCGAUCGACGUGUCUCACAGAUGCGCAUCUGUUCGUGCCUUGACAGCUGCAGCAGUGAUCUCUGCCAAUGCAAUGGCGCCUCCUCCCAGAACUGGUACACGGCCGAAAGUCGACUCAAUUGUGACUUCAACUACGACGAUCCGGCGGUGAUAUUCGAAUGCAACGAUGUUUGCGGCUGCAAUCAGUUGUCCUGCAAGAAUCGGGUGGUACAGAACGGCACAAGGACUCCACUGCAGAUUGUGGAGUGCGAGGAGCCCGCCAAGGGAUGGGGCGUCCGUGCAUUGGCCAACGUGCCCAAGGGCACCUAUGUGGCUAGCUAUACGGGUGAGAUUCUUACCGCACCGGAGGCAGAUCGACGCACCGACGAUAGCUACUACUUUGAUCUGGAUAAUGGGCAUUGUAUCGAUGCCAAUUAUUAUGGAAAUGUCAGUCGUUUCUUUAAUCAUUCGUGUGAGGCCAACAUUCUUCCCGUGCGCGUCUUUUACGAGCAUCAGGAUUAUCGGUUUCCCAAAAUUGCAUUCUUCGCCUGUCGCGACAUCGAUGCUGGUGAAGAAAUCUGCUACGAUUAUGGUGAAAAAUUCUGGCGCGCCGAGCAACGUGCCACCGGUGGCGGCUGUCGUUGUCUAACAACUGGUUGCAAGUACUCGUUGCAUGCAACCAGCUCAAACACAUCGCCAACGGUGACAGGCGGCGAUGAGGAGGCGCCAACUAUCGAGGCAGCAGCAACUUCCGCAGCGCGGAACGAGCUAUGCAUAACGCCAAUGUCAUAGGGAAAGAGAGAGAGCGUGAGACAGCAGAGGAGAAAGAGAUGGAGAGGAGUAAAAGAGACAGCAAAUCGACAUUGACUCUCUUGGCCAGGCCAAGUUGCCAAGCAUCACAUACAAAAUUAAACAAAAAACAAACAAAUAAGAGCGCCAUAUUAACUAUAAACAAAUU